AUGGACGAGCAGCCUUUGGAAAAGCCACACAGCGCCACUGCAGCUGAUGGGACGCCAUCCGCCGUGUCUGGGAACUCCAGGUCAGCCCGGCUCUAGGCCAGGAGGUGUGGGGCAGGAGGGGACCCCCAUGCCCUGCUUCUCACAGGGGCCCUGGCCUCUCCAUCUCUCAGGAGAGUGCCUCCCUGCAGGGCACCCCCCUCCUCCCACAUCUCCGAAUCCACGAAGGUCCUGUCUUACACGAAGGUACCUCAGGACUCUACCCGCGGGGACAGACAGGCGCACCCCACCACCAUCGUGCUCCGCAAGUCACAGAGCAGCCCCGCUGCACUGGUGCCCGAGGAGCACCAGAUGUUCACGAAAGAACACUACGAAGCAGCCAACUGCCUCAAAUUGCUCCAGGACCUGAAUGCUUCAGACCCCCUCCACAUGAGCUACGUCAUCAAGAAGAUCAAGAUCAUGGCUUACAAGGCCCCCAACCUGGUGUUGGAAACCAUCUAUAACUACUUCAUAGACAACAUGGAGAUCUCCACCUGGCACAAGUUCCGGCUGCUCCGCGUCAUGGAGGCUGUCAUUGGAGCCCUUGACUCCUUGGAGGUGACCUGGGAGAAAACCUUCAUGCAGCUGGCCCUGGAGAACAUGACCAAGUCCACGGAUCUGGAAGAUGUGUACCAGGACGCGGCCGGUGACGUGCUGGUGGCCAUCUGCAGGCACUCGUGGCGUGCGGUGGCCCAGCUCCUGGAGACCGAGGUCCUGACAGGCGUCUUCCCGCACCGCAGCCUGUUCUACGUGAUGAGCACCCUGACCUUUAAUGCAGAGGAAAUCUUCAGCAUUGGAGAUAAGGCAUGCUGGGAGGAGCAGCUGGACCAGAUGGCUGUCAAGUCAGUCCCGUUCCUGAACAUGGACGUGUGGUCCAAGGACCUGCUGUGUGCGCUCACCAAGCCCAACUGGACACAGCAGGAGCAGCCCCCGGAGAAGGCCUUCCUGUUCUCCUACUACGGACGGAUCCUUCAAGCUGAGGAGAACAGCACCACCGUCAGGAAACACCUGCUGACCCUCCUGGAAACAUCUCAUCAGUGGCCCAAGCAGAGGGAGGGCAUGGCUCUCACUGUGGGGCUGGCCGCAGUCUGCCACCUGGACCACGUCUGGGCCGUCCUGGAGCAGUUUGGCCGGAGCAAGCCCAUCAAGUGGAGCCUCCACUCCUUAUCCCCAAAGAAUUCAGAGGACUUUCAGUGGAAGUGGGCCAGCAGCACCAUCCUCCUUGCCUACGGCCAGAUGGCGGCCAAGGCCAAGGCGCACAUCCUCCCGUGGGUGGACAACAUCCUGUCACGCAUGGUCUACUACUUCCAGCACAGCCCCUUGGACGAGACCCUGAAGCAGAGCUUCCUCACUGCCGUACUCAUGUUGGUGGAGGCCAUCAGCCGUGACGAGGGCGCCCACAGCUACACGUUCUCCCAGAUCUCCGAGCUCCUUGAGAGUCUGAUGGUUUUGCUGGAGAAGGAGCCCCGGGACACGCUGUGCACGCCAAACCGCCAGCAGACCAUCCACAUCAUCUCCAGCCUCUGUAAGCUGAGGCCGCCCCCGGACCCGGAGAGGAAAUCGCGGCUUCUGUCCACCUGCCUCCGUAGCGUGUUGGCCCUGCCGCCGCUGGACGUCCUGGAGAAAGACAUCCACCUCUCUCUGGAGAUGCCCGACGUACAGACCCUCUACAAGCAGACCUUGAAGGCACUGGACCAGAUGCUGCAGAGCUUCAUCACGCAGAACCCCGUGGCCGACGAGCUGUACUUCCUGCUGUCGCACCUGUACGUCUGGCUGGCGUCGGAGAAGACGCACGAGCGGCAGCGGGCUGCGUACAUUUUCGUGGCCCUCCUCAAAUUCCUGAGCCGCAACCCCGACCUGUGGCGUUCAAGGCCCCCUGGGUCCCUGCCACCAGGACCGAGUGGAUCCCUGAGUGCCCUGCCGCCCGGCCAGCCAAAAGAGGACUUCAAACGGAUGGGGCAGCUGGUGGGCAUGCUGGGGAUUCUGUGCCAGGACCCAGACAGGGCCACGCAGAGUUCCAGCCUGGAAGGGCUGGGCCACCUCUACUGGCUCCUGAUGCGCCAGAGAGCAGAAGAGACUUCGCAGGUGGAAAUGCAGGCCCCUGAGCAGCCUGCCCAGCCCAGUGCAGAUGGAGCCCCCGUCUGCAGCAGUGGGGACCAGAAGGCCGCUCCUCCCAGCCCCCGGCGGAUGGUGACCCCGAAGGACCACAUCUCCGAGCUCGACAGCUCCCAAGUCAUCAAGAAGAUCAUGAAGUAUCUCACGGUGGCAGAGCUGACUGACCUCAUCUGGACGGCCAUCGAUGGCCUGGGCUCCACCAACCCCUCCUGCGUGCAGGCGGCCGCUGACAUGCUGCUGGUCGCCAUCCAGGAGCAUGGGGCCAAGCUGGAGACCGUUGCCAGCCUGAGCCGGGCCAUCCACCUGCAGCUCUACUCUAUCCGCAUUUCCCAAGCCAAGGAAAAUGCCCUGCGCGCCAUCACCCUGCUGGCCCAGAACCACACUCCCGAGCUGGUGGCUGCUUUCCUGGACUUCUCCAUCCCCCUGGACAGCCUCGCCUUCCAGCUGUGGAGGGCCCUGGGGGCCGAGCUGCCCGUGAGCCGCCUGGUGCUGGCCUUGCUAAUGGCCUGGCUGCGGGAACGGCCCCUGCCCACGGGGGCCAGCGACGGCAGCCCCCAGCCCCAGGAGAAGACCUACCUGCGCUCGCUGGCCGCCAUGAACACGCUGCACAAGCUGCAGCUCGCCCGGGAGUUCAGGAGGGCCGUGCAGGAGGCCUACCCCGCGCUCCUGCUGGCCCUGCUCACCCAGAUGCACUACGUCCUGGAGCUGCAGCUGCCGGCGCGGCCCCCGCCCGGCCAGGAGGCCCAGGAGGCCCAGGAGGUGGCCGCGCCCAGCCCCCAGAGCACGUCGCUGGAGGCACUGAAGAGCCUGCUGUCCACCACGGGGCACUGGCAGGACUUCGCCCACCUUGAGCUGCUGGGCGCCUGGGAGCUCUUCACCACCCUCCACACCUACCCGCAGGGCGUGGGCCUCCUGGCCAGGGCCAUGGUGCAGAACUGCUGUAAGCAGAUCCAGGCGGUGAUCGGCCAGCUGCUGCCCAGCCUGCAGUGCAGGGAGGAGCGGGAGAGGAAGGUGGCCAUCCUCAUCCUCACGGAGUUCCUCUACAGCCCCGCCCUGCUGGAGGUGCUCCCCCAGCAGGCCGCCCUGAUGGUGCUGGCCCGAAGCCUCAGGGACCCCAGCCCCGAGGUCCGCGUGUUGAGCUUGCAGGGCCUGGGAAACAUCCUCUUCCACCCGGAGAAGGGAAGCCUGCUCCGCGCACAGCUGCCGCUCUUCCUCGACGGCUUCUUCCAGAACAGCGAGCCGGUGGUGCUGCGCAUCAUGGGCACCCUGUCAGACGCGCUGCACUGCCUGGGCCUGCAGGGCGCAGGGGCCCAGAGCCUCAGCAUCGCCAUCAAUGCCCGCUCCUUCUUCGACGACGAGCGCGAUGGGAUCCGGGCAGCGGCCAUGGCACUGUUCGGGGACCUGGUGGCAACGAUGGCGGGCAGGAAGCUGAACGGCCUGCAAGCCCAGGUGCACCAGAGCAUGGUGCCCCUGCUCCUGCACCUGAGGGACCACUGCCCAGCAGUCGUCACGCAGGCCAAGUUCACCUUCUACCGCUGUGCCAUGCUGCUCCCCUGGCGGCUGCGGCACACCCUCUUCUGUACGCUGGCCUGGGAGAGGGGCCUCAGUGCCCGCCACUUCCUCUGGACCUGCCUGAUGACCCGCAGCCAGGAAGAGUUCGGCAUCCACUUGGCGCAGGCACUCAGCUACCUGCACAGCCGCCACCGCCACAUCAAGAUCUGGGCAGCGCUCUUCCUAGGUUACACCAUCUGCUACCACCCCCGGGCCGUGUCCCGGAUGGUGAACUACGUCAACGCAAACCUGCUCUUCUGUACUUUCCAAGAUCUCAAGAAGGACCAGGAGCCCGGCAUCCGCGAAUUUGCCACGAGACAGCUCUUCUUCCUUCAGGCCGUGGUUGCCAGACGGCAGUGACCUCCAGCGUCCUCCCUCACCCUCCUCCUCCCCUGUGCCCACCGUGUCGGUCAGCCCUGCCCCGUCCUCACAGAGCUGGGUUGCAGAACAUUUUUCCAUUUAAAAGAAAGCUCUAGAUUCAACAAAGAAGCGUCACACCUGUCCGCACCCUGCCCACCAUCUGCGGGCCCCCCGGGGACUGAGGCAAGCCCAGGAGACCCUGGCAGGACUAGGGGACAGGGCCAGGCCUGGAGUGUGGUGGGGCAGGCAGGGUGCCCCAGAGAUAAACUGUGAAGUCUGUGCGGGACCCUGCAAAUGACAGCCCCUCCACUCGUGGAGAUCAGGUGGACUCCACUGGACGGGAGCCCAAGCCACGGCCACCAGUGUCCUGGGCGCUGAGAGGGCCCUCCAAGGACAGCCUUGGCCGUCGGGGCUCACGGUUGAAAGGAGCGCUUCACUAAGGUGCCCCCAGAGUCUUCAGUUUGUCUCCAGCUUGGAGCUUCAUAGUCACUGAGGGGCUGCAGGUAGGGAAGAGGUCCCUUGGCUGGUCUCCCUCGCCCCCAUCUCCAUCCUCCUGAGUCCAGUCAGGCUGACACCUGGGGUGGCAGCAGAACCAGCCUGGGCCCAGAGUCAGACCUUCCCAGUGGGACCUGGCCCACCCUGGACUCGCUCUGUGGUUGAGGCAGGGGUCCCGGCUCUCUGAGCCUUAGCUGUUCCAUCUGUAAAAUGGCUCCUAAGAUCCUCCCGAGACCCCUGGGAGGGCCGUGUCCAGAGGAGGCCCCUUCCUGGCUGGGUCCCCCUACUCCCUGGGAGCCACCUGGAGACACACCCGACCUUCAGUCGAGUCCCCACCCCCUCAGCCUUGGUCUUCCCACAUGUGAAAUGGGGGCUGGGCCCUUCCCCUGCCUGCCAGAGUUCUCCUAGGGCCCCACCGCAGGCUGUCUCUCUCGGGACCCCCACCAGACUGGCCGGCCGUCCCUCCAGUGGGGUGCUCCAGCCAAGCCUGCCCCCUGCCUGUUCUCUCGAGGGCCACACUGACCCCUCCCCACCUCCGCUCAGACAGCUCUUCCCACUUGCGGUCCCCAUGCUCACCCCCUCGGGGCCUCCACACCACCCCACCGCUCGAGGACCAGCCCACGCGUCUCCAGCCCUGAGGCUGGCCCAUCCCCCGGCCCUAGACAGAUUCCUAGCCUGUCACCCCCCACCCCCCAUAGACCAUGAGCCCCUCGGAGCAGGGAUAUGGCUGCACGGGGCUGGCACGGAGGAGGCCCCACAACCUGGAGGGUGGGUUGAAAAUAUACAGCGACCUUCACGGAGCAGAUGUCAGAUUUAUUUGCAUUCUCGGAUGUGUUCGGGAAGAGGAAAU